GUCUACUUAUCAUUAAUCAUUGUCAUUACAAACUCGAAAAAGGUGACUGUUAUGUGACAUUUUAGAUUUUGACAAGUUUAAAAUUUCAAGUGUACACAUAACCCAAUUUCUGUAAGGAAUUGGGUUUUGGUGUUAGUAUUUAUUUAUUACUGCAAACGUAACAUUAAUUUACAUUCAACAUUCAAGUUUUUACAAACGACGUGUAAGAAAUGUUGAAAAAUGCUAAUUUACAGAACCAAGUAGUAUGAAAGAUUGGUAUUAAGUCUAGUACAUUUUUGAAAUAGAAAUCGUGCUAGAAGUUAAAUCCUGAUUGAAUCAAAAUGGAAAACAUUAAAAAGUCAGAUGAUGUGGACAGUCCAACUGCCGAUGGGAAUCUUUUACAGCCGCCGAAGGACAAGACGAUCCCAACAAGAAACCCGCUGAUGAAAGUACGUACUUAUGUGUUAGCACUCCGGCCGUGGUCUCUCAGUGGAAGCCUCCUGCCUACCCUACUUGGCGCUGCGCUAGCGUAUCGUCUCCCAGGCGAGAACGGGUUCAAUUGGGUGACAUUACUACUCACUUUAUGUACAGUUAUUCCUGUUCAUGGCGCCGGGAACGUCGUCAACACAUACUUCGAUUUCGUCAAAGGUAUAGACAAUAGAAAAUCAGAUGACCGAACUUUAGUUGAUCAUAUCUUGAGCAUUGAUGAAGUUGUUUCCCUAGGAGCUAUACUUUAUAUGGCAGGAUGUGCAUUUUUUGUAUUGCUAAUUAUAAUGUCUCCAGCGAGAAUGGAACACUUAGCUUUGGUAUACUUUGGUGGGUUAUCAUCAUCUUUUCUAUAUACUGGUGGUAUAGGUCUGAAGUACAUAGCCCUCGGAGAUAUUAUAGUUCUAGUCAUAUUUGGGCCUGUAUCAGUGGUGUUUGCCUUCCUGGCACAAACUGGCAGGGUAGAUUGGCCUAUUUUUUACUAUGCUAUACCAUUGGCUCUAAACACUGAGGCUAUUUUACAUAGUAACAAUACUAGAGACUUGGAAGCAGAUAGCAAAGCUGAAAUUGUAACAUUAGCUAUUUUAAUAGGUAGAACUGCUUCUCAUUUACUUUAUGCAUUUUUACUUUUUACUCCAUACAUAAUGUUUGUAGUGGCAUCAGUUCGCUGCUCUCUUUGGUUUUUGUUGCCAAUGUUGACUUUACCUCGAGCUUUUGAAAUUGAGAGGAGGUUCAGAUGUCCUGAGACAAUGCAGUAUGUUCCAAGACAAACUGCAAGACUCAAUUUUUAUUUUGGAAUGUUGUAUAUGAUUUCUUGUUUGUUUGCUAGUAAACUACCAUUUCUUCUAAGAUAAAAUACACAGGUUUAUAAUUUAUUGCUUAGUGUGUAUAACAAUAUUUAUGUACUUAAUGGAGCUUAUUUUUAACUACUAUGAAUAAAUCGCCCAGUAUCAUAAAGGUCCUUUUAUUUAUGAGACUGUAUUAACAAUGUUGUUUGGUAGAUUUUUUGGCUUUAAGUAAAUUUUUUUUUAUAUAUUACUUAAUGUUGAAAUUUGCAAUAGUAAGGUCUUCUAUAUAUAAAAAACUAUUGUUAUGUGUCAUGAACUUUAGAAAGUUAUAAAUGGCAGACUGAUUUUAUACAAAAUUAAAGAUAUUUAUGGCAGUUAUGUGAUGUUCAUCUAUUAUUAUAAUUUACUCAUAUGAUACAAUAUUUCAUUGAAUUCUUUACAGAAUAGUCUUACUAAACUAAAGUGUUUGAAGAAGAUUUAAACUAGAAUUAUAACAUGUUAAAGUAAAUAAGUUAUCUGAGAGGUAACAUCUUAACAGGAUAUGGAUUAAUGAUAUACACACAUAAAUUAUGUCAAAUUGAUGAAGGUUACUGAUAACAAUUAUGACGUUAGUGAUGUGUCUAUACAAAUGUAAAGUAGUUUGCUUUUUUUUUAGUCUUGUGCCACAUUUGUGUUGUCAAUAUGAAUCUCCUUUAAAUAUCAUGAUACCUUUUUAAACAUUUAAUAAAGUGUAUGUUGUAUUUAAGAUUGACUAUAUAUUUGGUUAUCUUUGUAGACUAUACAAUAUAGUAUAGGUACAAAAUAUUGUGCUCAGUUUAGAAACAUAAGUGUAGCAUAACUGGUAAAUCUUAAGACCCUCUUGUGUCAUGAAAUGACGCCUGAAGUUCUGUGGCUUGAAAGUGAUAGGUCCCAGGUUAGAUUAAUGCAUUAGAUCAAAUUUGGAAAUACCUUUUUUCUAAAUUUCCCAUGCAUGUACAUGUACCCUACAAAGUUAAGCAGUAUUUCAUCUUAAAUUAGAUUGUCUCAUUAAAACUUGUUAUAUUUAGCUUAAAUAUUACACCAUUUUAGCCAGUCAAAUGGCAUUGCAAUUGUCCCAUUUUCGCUUUCAUUCUACAACAAACAAGCACCAGGUAUUAUACUUUUGUUAAGCCUAUGUAUUAGUUAUAAACAAAAGGUUUAGAAUAUUUUAGUAUAGAGCCUGUAUUAUCUACUCUCGCCAGCUGUAGCUUUCGUUUCAAAUUAGUGGCCAAAAAUAAAUCAAUUUACCAGUAUCAACAGAAAUUAAGAAAAUCUAUCAAAUCAAUUAAAUCUUUGGGUUUAGAGAUAAAAUGUGCUAUCAAAAUAUCUAAUAUUAGUAAAUACUGAAAUACAUGUAAACUUAAUCUUUUAUGAAUAAACAAUGUUUUAUGAUAAUCAAAAUCAAGAGGUCAACCAUAAAGUCUCUAUAUAGUAUUCACAGCAUUCAUUUGUUGCAGCAUGUUUAAUUUUGGUUUGAAAAGUAUUUGCUGUGUGUGUUAUUUUGGAAACCAGAAGAUAUAGUAGAUUUGUCUUGAGUAAAAUUUAUAUGUAUUGAUCUUAUUAGUACAAGUUUUAAGUGUGGCUUUUAUUUUGAAGAAAAUAAAUAAUUACCUGGGAUUCAAAACCCUUUCAGACUACAAAACAAAUAAAAAAUAAUCUUGAAUCUAUUCUGUACAUGUAUUUAAUAAAUAUUUUGGUAGUGGCAUGAGAGUUUAUUCAAACUGAUCAUACAGAAUAUACUUGGAUUCAUGAGCAUAUUUAAAAAUAAUUUAUUUUGAUGCUUGCUUAGACGUGUUUUCAAGGAAUUCUUGCAAUUAUGUACUUUUCUAAAUGGCUAGACCAAUUCCCUACUGCAAAUUUUUAAUUUGCAUCUGUUAAUGUUUCUUAAAAAUAUGAUAAAAUGUUACUAAAC